CGCCGCCGGCCGCAGGAUGCCGCUGGGGCUGAAGCCCACCUGCAGCGUGUGCCGCAGCACGUCCUCCUCCAUGUGGAAGAAGGGCGGCCAGGGCGAGAUCCUGUGCAACAACUGCACGGCCCGCUCCGCGCCGCCCGGGCCCGCCGCCUUCGCCACCACCUCGGCCGCCGCCCAGCACAGCAACGGCGGAGGCGGCGGCGGCGGGAAGCAGAGUAAGCAGGAGAUCCACCGGCGCUCUGCGCGGCUGAGGAACACCAAGUACAAGUCGGCGCCCGCCGCGGAGAAGAAGGUUUCCACGAAGGGCAAGGGGAGGAGGCACAUCUUUAAGUUAAAAAACCCCAUCAAGGCUCCUGAGUCUGUAUCCACUAUAAUUACAGCAGAAUCAAUCUUUUAUAAGGGUGUAUACUAUCAAAUUGGAGACGUUGUUUCAGUGGUUGAUGAACAGGAUGGAAAAACAUACUACGCUCAGAUCCGUGGGUUUAUUCAGGACCAAUACUGUGAAAAGAGUGCUGCGCUAACCUGGCUCAUUCCUACGCAAGCCAGCCCCAAAGAUUGUUUUGACCCAGCAUCCUAUAUCAUAGGACCAGAAGAAGACCUCCCAAGGAAAAUGGAAUAUUUAGAAUUUGUUUGUCAUGCACCUUCGGAAUAUUUCAAAUCUCGAUCGUCUCCCUUCCCUACUGUUCCUACAAGACCAGAGAAGGGCUAUAUAUGGACUCAUGUGGGACCUACUCCUGCAAUCUCCAUUAAAGAAACUGUUUCCAAUAAUUUAUAAUUUUUUAAAGGAAUACUUUGGACGAGUUAUUUUGGGUGUAUUCUCAGGUCUGUGAACCCCAUACAAGAAGUUUAAAAGAAUUAUAAAAUGUUCAUUUUACUUUAUGGAUUAUGGUAUUUAUUUAUUUUAAAUUAUAUCAGAUCUUUAAAGUGGAAGUUUUCUUUCCAUUUGAUGCGUCAUUUCUGUGCUGUGUUCUUCAGACAUUAUUGCUCAUUUUGGGACAAAACCACAAGUUUCCUGUUAUCUUUGACUUUCGUGAGCAAAUAUUUGACUUCUGAAAGUUGCCUUUAGUGUUCUUAUUUUCUAACUUAUUUUCCAGAAGAGGAGUUAA